GGCGGCUGGCUGGCUGCGCCGGUUCCUGUCAGCAUGGUGGCCAGGAAGCGAGAGCGGCGUAGCCUUUUGUGGGCAACAGUUGCUGCAUUUAUCCUAGCUGUAAAUGCGUCUUUUGUAGAAGACUUAGAUGACUCGUUUAAAGAAAACCGUAAAGAUGACAUUUGGCUUGUAGAUUUUUAUGCACCUUGGUGUGGUCAUUGCAAGAAACUGGAGCCAGUGUGGAAUGAAGUUGGUAAAGAGAUGCAAAGCAUUGGGUCUCCAGUUAAAGUUGGAAAGAUGGAUGCAACUUCCUAUUCUAGUAUUGCCUCUGAGUUUGGAGUUCGAGGCUAUCCAACAAUUAAGCUGUUGAAGGGUGACUUGGCAUACAACUACAGAGGAGCCAGGACCAAAGAUGACAUUAUUGAGUUUGCAAACAGAGUAGCAGGGCCUGUUAUCCGACCUCUCCCUAGCCAGCAGAUGUUUGAACAUGUUCAGAAGAGGCACCGGGUACUUUUUGUGUACAUUGGUGGGGAAUCUCCAUUAAAGGAAAAAUACAUAGAAGUUGCUUCCGAACUAAUUGUUUAUACAUACUUUUUUUCUGCCUCAGAAGAGGUACUACCUGAGUAUGUGACACUCCCCGAAAUGCCAGCUGUUCUAGUUUUUAAAGACGGUACUUACUUUGUCUAUGAUGAAUACGAAGAUGGUGACUUGUCAUCUUGGAUAAACAGAGAGAGAUUUCAGGGAUAUCUUAAUGUAGAUGGAUUUACACUCUAUGAGCUCGGAGACACAGGCAAACUUGUGGCCAUUGCAGUUAUUGAUGAUAAAAAAUUUUCUGCUGAACAUACAAGGUUGAAGUCUAUUAUUCAAGAAGUUGCCAAAGAUUACAGAGAUCACUUUCAUAGGAACUUCCAAUUUGGCCAUAUGGAUGGAAAUGAAUACAUUAAUAGUCUACUAAUGGAUGAUUUGAAAAUUCCUACUGUUGUUGUAUUGAACACAUCCAAUCAGCAAUAUUUCCUGCCUAAUAAACCCAUUGAGAACUCUGAAGAUAUGGUACAAUUCAUUAAUGAGAUCUUGGAAGGCACUGUAGAAGCACAAGGUGGAGAUGGAAUUCUUCAACGAAUCAAGAGAAUAAUUUAUGAUGCCAAGUCUACUGUGGGAUCUGUUUUCAAGAGUUCCCCACUUCUGGGCUGCUUUCUCUUUGGCCUGCCACUGGGUGUCAUUAGCAUCAUGUGUUACGGAAUUUGUACUGCUGACACCGAGGGAGGCGCAGGAGAAGCAGAACCAUUGACAGAGGAAACAGCAGGCAGGGAACUGACUGAUGAAGGCACUGAAGGCACUGAUGAAGGCACAGAAGAAGAACAAGAGGGGACCGCUGAAGAAGCCAUAGAACUUGCAAGCGGAGAGCAAGAACAGAAAACUAUAUUGGAAAAGAAAAAAGACUAAACUGGUAGUUAAACAGUUUCUCUGUAGAAUUUCAAAAUAGAGACUUAUUUAUUGAAUUCAGCCAUUUACAUACGACCUUCAGAGAUGAGGACUUUUAUCAGUUUAUUUGCAUGCUUUCAAAAUAUCUUGGCUUGUGAGAAGGACUGGUGGGAGCUUGGGUUUUGAAGUCUCAUUCUUAGCUUGCUGAAAAAACCAAAUUAAGGAAUAUACCUGGGCAAUUUUACAUGGAUAUCAUGACUUAAUUAUGUGUUAGUGUUUCCAGACUCCAUUGGACAACAGAUGUUCCUUUUCUGGAGCCUGCUCUGAAUUGAAACAGUAUGACCAAAGGAAACAAAAUUCAUAUGUAUAAAACCCUCAUGUGAAAUCUGUAAAUAUAACUGAGGUUUUGAAACUUCUUAUUGGGAAACAUGCAUUGAAAAUGUUACAAAACGUAUUUUUACUUGAAUUAUGGUAGAUUUUGAAAAGCAGUUUCUUGCUGUUUCCCUAGAACUCCAUUUAAUACAAGUUUUAAAAUGAUUAAAUUUGCAUUUGCCUACUCCUUUUAAUAAAGUGAAAAAUGUUGCAGAUUUUAAAACUCAUUGAUUUCUGUAUUUUACUUUAAAAACAAGGGGUGUUUCCUUGUAGAGGAAAUAGUUCUUAAAUCCCAAGUACUUGAACAAACCCAUGGGCUCUGUUUGCUCAUGGAGUCAUUAGAUGAAAGCUCAGUAUGGGUCUAUGUGCACACUGUGUACGUGGUUCUAUGACAACAAGCCUUCCAGUGCAUCAUAAUAUUCAAUCUUGUUACAUAGUUGGUGCCUACCAGUGAAAAACAUGUAUUUAAACAAAUAUUAACUUGUUAACAUGGGUAUCUACAGUGAUGUCUCUACUGACUACAGGCUCUUGACUGGAGGGAAAGUUAAUUAUCUCUAGCACUGUUAACAUUUAUAGAAAAGGGAGUAUUUGUCAGCAUAAUGUGUUUUUUAUUAGCUGUUUAAUCAUAUAAUGCAUCUCUGAUACUGCCCCAUGACAUUGAAAGAGACUAAGCUCUCUUCAGAGUUAGGGUCUCCUGGGAUAAGCCAUAAGAUGGUGUUGGGAGUAUUGAUACCAUGGUGAUUGCCAUAGCAACCAAGCCUGUGCUGCUCAUUUCCAGGACUAAGGCUGUCACAUUUGGUUGUUAAACUAUAAAACAUAAAAGCUUUUCAGCUUGUUGAUCACUAUACAACAUUUUGAUAUAAUGUGGAUAUCCUCCAUAUCAGGCAGCUCAAUAUAGUUGUUAUAUAUGUAUUCUAUUCUAAAGAAAUUUUAUGCUUGAAUAGAUUUUUUUUUAAAUAAAGAGACUGGUUAACUUGCACAAAAAGUAGAAGCUUGCUUUUUCUGUAGAAUCCAAAAUCCAAUAAUAACUAGUGAAGCAACUUGUAAUGCAGCCCAAAUUAAGAAGCUCUUCUAACUUAAGAAAUGUUGUGAAACCAUCCUGCCAGUGGCUUUGUUACUUUCAAAAUGCAUAGUGGUUAUUAUUAUUAUUAUUAUUAUUAUUUAGUAAGGAUAUCUUUUUAUUUCAUUGAGAAGAGGAAAUGAUUUUGAUAAAGGUAAACAUUGCUUUGCAGAAGAAGAAACAUGAGAACUACAAUUAUUCUCUUCCCCCAAGAGGGAACUACUAUUUGUUUAUUUUUUCAUUUAUGGUUCAAAGAAAUGUUUGUGACAGUUUGUAUUAUUUACAUUUUUAUCUUUUACAUAUAAGCCAGGUUGCUUCAGUUGUGAAUAUAUCAAAAGAACAAGGUUCUUUUAGAAGCAUUUUUGUUUCCAGAAUUCGUGAGAUGUCAUUCCAGUCUUGUCUUGUACCCACAGUUAGCGUUGAGGACCUGCUUCCUAGAGCCUAAAUUCUCUGUGGCAGUAAGGCAGGCUUCAGAUGGUGUACCUUUUAUUGCUUUUACAUAUUCUUUAGGAAAGCAGUUUUAAAUAAGGGUGGCUUACGACUCCUAACUCUUAUUUCAUAUUCUUUUAAAAAAUCUUGAAGUUCUUAAUUAGAUAUUUGUUCCCAUAGCUGCAGGUUGCAGCCAAAUUCUGUUCCGGUUCUAAAAGGGUGCACAUUCGAAGAGAACAAAUCCUUCUAGUACUAUUUCGAAUUAUAUAGUGUUCAGCAAGUAGAUUUUGAGUGGUUUGACCAGUGGCAAGAUAUGUAUUUGCCAUUCUGCUUAUGGUCAAACUACUUACUGUUACCCAAACUGAAAUCUUUUUACCGCUUUCUUCCAUAUACAUGACAUCAUAGUUAACUCUACUUUAAAUGAUGCUUCCCUGUUAUUUUUUUAUCAUUUAAAAUGCUUCACACAGAGAGGGAUAGUUAUUUUAACGUGAAUGAAUGGAAGUGCUCUGACUUCUGAUCUUUGUUCUACCUUACUGGAUUCUUCAAGUGUAAAUGUGUUUUUCUACUACAAUAAAAAAUUAAACAUUUG